CUGCAGCCGGGCGGGCGGCAACGGCGGCAACGGGACACACAGGGACCUUCUUACCGGCGGCACCGAGACACACCGGCAGCACCGGGAGCUCCGGCCCGGGCCCGUCCGGCCCUCCCCGCCCCACCGGCCGCGGACACCACGGCCGGUGCCAUGGCAGGGGGGGGUGCGGGGGUGGCCAAACGCCUGGGGACACUGGUGUCUGGGCUGCUGGAGUGUGGCGCCUUCUGCGGCAUCAUCUUCGGAUGGGCCUCACUUGUCUUCGUGCUCAAGGACCUGGGGUACUUCGAGGGGCUGUGCCACCCUCCAACCCACGACCCCAACAGCACCUUGCUGCCAGACUGUAGCCGUCAAGACGAGCAGUUCUCACUGGUCUUCACCAUUGGCUCCUUCAUGAACAACUUCAUGACCUUCCCCAUGGGCUUCAUCUUCGACCGCUUCGGCACUGCUGUUGCACGCUUCAUCGCCAUCUCCCUCUACACUGGUGGAACCCUGCUUGUCGCCUUCUCGACACCAGAGCUGUCAGAGCUGCUCUUUCCGGCCAUGUCCAUGCUGUCAGUGGGUGGGAUCCUCCUCAUCCUCACCAACAUGCAGGUGGGGAACCUCUUUGGGAAGUACCGCUCCAUCAUUAUCACCCUUUACAAUGGCGCCUUUGACUCCUCCUCUGCCAUCUUCCUCAUCAUCAAGGUGCUGUAUGAGCAUGGGCUGUCCCUGCAGGCCAUGUUCCUCUUCAUGGCAGCCUGCAGUGCCUGGCAUCUCCUGCGCACCCUCUUCCUCAUGCCCUGCACUCGCAUCCCCUACCCGCUGCCCCCCACAUACGACUACGGGCUGCGGUGUCCGGGGCACUCCCGCUCCUACCGCACCUACGAAGAGAAGCGGCAGCCGGGGGAGGCGGGGCCUGAGGAGGACCCUCUGGAGCCGGAAGCGGGACGAGACAGGGGGCGGGGCUUGCCCGGAGUGUCCCCCCCGCCCCUGCCCUUCGCUGCCUGUGCCCGCUCGGCGCUGUUCGCCUGUCACGUGGCCUGGCUGUCGGCCAUGCAGCUGCGGCACUACCUGUUCAUCGGCACCCUCAACCCUCUGCUCGACCACCUGGCCCGCGGGAAACCCGGCCUGGUGAGCACCUACACCAACGCCUUUGCCUUCACCCAGCUCUGUGGGGUGCUCUGUGCUCCCUGGAACGGCCUCAUCCUCGACCGGCACAAGCGUGGCAGGACUCCCCGCCCUGAGGGAGCUCUGGGGACCCUGGCUGACCUCCGCGCCUCGGUGCUGUCACUGGUGGUGACAGUGACACAAUGCCUGCUGUUCUCGGUGUGUGCGGCCGUGCCCCUCCUGCCUGUCCAGUUCGUCACCUUCGUGCUGCAGGUGCUGAGCCGAUCCUUCCUCUACGGGGGCAAUGCCGCCUUCCUGGCCAUCGCUGACCCAGGAUGUCCCACAGGUUCCCCCCCCCAGCACUUUGGGAAGCUCUAUGGCCUGGCCAUGGCACUGUCAGCGCUGGUGGCCCUGCUGCAGUACCCCUGCGUGGCCCUGGUGCGUGGACCCCUGGGUGGGGACCCCUUCUAUGUGAACUUGGGGCUCAUUGCCGUGGUGCUGGUGGCCUUUAUCAGCCCAGUGAUGGUGGCUCAUGAGUGCCGGCGGCGAGCCAAGGAGCUGGGGGCUGCAGGCACCCCCCUGGAAGCCCCACCAAAUGCCCAGCCCCCCACCCAUCUGCUCCACUGAGUCCUCACCCCAGCUUCCACAGGCCUUGGGGGGGCUCUGCCAAUGGGAUGGAGGAGUUUAGGGGGGACAAUAAAAAGCACU